AUGGGGCUCCAGGGCCGACUGCAGGCCGUUCUUCUCUUCUGGGUGGUAUGGCAGGGGUGCCGUGUUGACCCCCAUGGGUUCCCUGAAAGCCCCUUCCCUUGGGCUCAGCGGGAUUUGGGGCAGACCCCACCACCGGCCGUGGCUGUGCGCUGUGAGGAGACUCUGCUGGUGGUGACCGUGCAGAGGGACCUGUUCGGGACCGGACGGCUGGUCCGGGCUGAGGACGUGACGCUGGGCCUGGCUGCCUGUCCCCCUAUGGACUCUGACCCCAUGGAUACCACUGUCACCUUUGAGAUUGGGCUCCAUGAGUGUGGCACAGAGCUGCAGAUGACAGCGGAUUCCCUAAUCUACAGAACCAUCCUCUACUACACCCCAAGCCCAGCCCAGAACCCCCUUAUAAUGAGGACCAACCCAGUGUCCAUCCCCAUCGAGUGCCGCUACCCCAGGAAGGACAAUGUGAGCAUCAGAGCCAUCCGGCCCACCUGGAUUCCCUUCCGCUCCACAAUAUGGGCGGAGGAGAGGUUGGGCUUCUCCCUGCGCCUCAUGGCUGAUGACUGGAGCAUGGAGAGGAGAUCCCUGUCCUUCCAGCUGGGGGAAAUCCUCCACAUCCAAGCUGAUGUCCAGACCGGCCACCAUGUGCCACUCAGGCUCUUUAUUGACCACUGUGUAGCCACCUCAACACCAGACAAGGCUUCCACCCCUCAAUACAGGAUCAUUGACUUCAACGGGUGCCUGGUGGACGGGAGAUGGGAUGAGGUCUCCUCGGCAUUCCUCUCCCCCAGACUUCAACAGGACACCCUGCGCUUCACGGUGGAUGUGUUCCGCUUUGCCGGAGAGCUGGGGAACCAGAUCUUCAUCACCUGCCACCUGAAAGUGACCGCUACUGCCCAGACCCCCGAUGCCCUGAACAAAGCCUGUUCCUAUGACCGAGCAGCUGAUGGCUGGACUCCAGUGGAGGGCCCCAGUACCAUCUGCAGCUGCUGUGAGACAGGGAACUGCAAACUCAUCCGACAGGACAGGAAACUUGGCCCCAAAGGCAGGAAGUCAGGAAGGCACCAGAGACAUGUGACUUCUCCUGAAGCGGACAUCCUGCUGGGCCCCUUGCACUGGCCUGAGAAGAACAUAGCAAAACCAGUGAUCACCACUCAAACCUCUAAAGGUACCAAGGGCACCAGCUGGACCUACCCAAUCCCUGGCUCUAGCCCUAAUUGUUCCCUUUCUCUCCUCUCCUCAGGACCAACAGAGCUGGGGCUGGUGGUGGCUACCAUGGUGGCUGCGGCCUGCAGCGGGGGCCUCCUCCUUCUCCUUCUCCUCCUCAAUCACAAGGGGCAAAGCAGCAUUGUUCCUGCUUUCCCUGACAGCACUUCUCCUCCUUCCGUGUAAAAGAACAAUAAA